UUCAUUGUGCAAGCCAGUGCUCUCAUAUGUCAAGAAAAAUGCAUUUUUACUCCAAAUACAGUUUCAUUUGACCAUCGCUAUUGAGGAAUGUCAUUAGCGCCUGAAUGAACACACUGCGCUAAGGCAUUACCAGCCAAUUACAGCAGCUUACCUCCAUCAAACAAGAGGCCCCUGUCUACACUCUCUGUGAUGCAGCAAAACUCAAAAGAAGAAGAAAUUCAGACUGUGGUGAGCCAUUGUUGCAUUACAGCCUGUCUCCUUCUCAGGUGGUCAAGGGUCGCAUGACCUUCUGACCUUCUUGCAAUGGCACAGUUUGUAGUACACACAUCCUUCUUUAUUGUCCACAUCAUAAUGAAGCCUUGGACAGUCAAAACCAUCGUGGACUCUCUCACCAUCCAGUCUCCGUCUUGGUCUUCUUCGUGGUGGCCUUCCAGUGUAGGAUGAUGUUGUCCUGUGUGCUUAUGUGAUAUCAUCUGUCUGUUGCCCAUGUGAUGGCAGAGAGUGGAGCUGUGUUGAGCUGCAUGAUGUGGAUUAGGUGAUCCUUCAUCUAUGCCACUGGGCGACUCUCACCCCCCUUGCUGUGACCUUGCAGCCCGUCCCUGUGUGGCAUUGCCUUACAGUGGCUCAGCAAUACAUUCUCCCAGCAACACACACAAAAGACACACACAUUGUCUUUGUGACACACAUUCUGUGCAUUUUUUCACUGACCCACACACACACACACACACACACACACACACACACACACACACACACAUACUGUAGGGAAUGCACAGGGAAACUCUCACUGAGGCCUGCCCCCCACACACUCAUACCAAUCGCAGAAAGUGCUUUGUGCAUUCACUGACUGGGCAGCUACUGAAGAGAGAGAGAGAGGGAGAGAAGCUGGUGGGAGGAGGGAGAUGGAGACAGCAAGAGACAGAGGGAUUACAAAGAGAAGCAGACCCAGACAGAUAGAGAAGAAGAAGAGAUAAGGUCUGCAGAGGGACAGAGGAGACACAUCCAGUAAACAGUAACUGGUGGAAAGACAGAGUGAGCAGGGCAGGAAAGGGAAUACAGAAAUAGGAAGGGAAGCAGGGCUUGUCCAGGAGAGAGGAAGAGAGUAAGUUGUUGUUAAAGAGGCUGGGGGGAACUGAUGGGAUGGCAUUGAUCUCUGGGAGCUGCCGGCUCUUGGGCCAGAUGGCGUCUUGUUGCUGCAGACCGCUGCUCAACUCCUGCUGUGGACCGUUCAUCAAAGUCUGCCUCUCCUCCUUCACAGACAUCUCUCCUGCUGAGCUGGAUGCUCUUUGGAGGGAACCACCGUAUACUCUUGGGGCAUCAAACGAACACUUCUCAGGAAAUGACAUCAUGACUCAAGGUGCAGGUGAGGAGGAGGGCGGUCUAGUGGUGGAAUCGGGUGAAGGAGGGGUGGAGCCUGACAACUACUGGAAGAAGAAAGAGGCCUUCCUUCGAGGAAGUACUGUGUCAGUGGGAGACAAAUUCUCCUCAGAAAUUGUGCUGCUGUUCACCGGGCGGAGGCGCUCCAAUGUGGAUCCUGACCGGGCCCUGCAGGAGGCACUGCGCACACGACUGAGGGUGGUGGAGAGCAACAGCCAGGAUGUCAUCCAGCUCUUUAAAGACUUGUCUGCACGUCUGGUGUCUGUCCAUGCAGAGAAGGACAGCUUCGUGCUCACAUUCAAGACUGUGGAGGAAAUCUGGAAGUUUUCAACUUACCUCGCAUUAGGUUACGUGGCUCGCUGCUUGGAGAACUUCCUGUGCGAUCAGUCCUUCUGGCUGGACGCAGAGCUGCUCAGUGACCUGGAGAUCAAUGUGACUGUGGACGAGGAACAUCUGGCCACCCUCUACCUGGGACUUUUACUCCAGGAGGGAUCUUUCUUUGCGAAGGCACUAUUCACAAGAAGUGAGCAGGAUGAGGAAGACGAAGAGCAGCUGUCGUUCAAGAAGAAUGACUUGCUGAUGGUACGGGACACGGGGCAGGACAACAUGUGGGAGGGCACCAUGCUCUCUACAGGAAACCACGGCCAGGUGCCAGUCAACGCCAUGCAACCGCUGCCUUACCCCUUCUAUCAGUGGUUCCUGAGGAAGUACCCAAGCAAUGGUGGAUGCUCGCCAACAGAAAAGGAAGCAUUUGAACAUUCUAUCGUGACAGGCUCCUGUGUAGCAGUGGUUGACUACAGUCCAAUGGCCCCAGAUGAGCUUCAGCUAAGUCAAGGUGACGUUGUGCAGAUCCAGGGUCUACUGGUCCGAGGCCUGGACGUUUUCAUAGGAUUGCACACUUCCACAGGUCACACUGGUUUCAUACACAAGGCUCAUGUCAAGCCCCUGGACACCAUACCCCUAUACAGACAAUUGGUCUUUCUGACUGAGGAGGAGAGGGCCAGCCUGGCUCAGGUUAACCCAUGUAGCUCUGAGCCAAGUGACAGCGGCCUGCUGGAAAGGCUCUUCUCGUCUGAUAUCAGCUCUGUGUACAGGCUAGAUAGACUGGAUGCGAGUGACUUCAUGUACAUCAAGAAUCAGCCAAAACAUGAUCAUAAUGUUCCUAUGAGCGCCCGUCAGAGCGUCGUGUCAGAGAGAAGUGGAGGGACGCCCCCGUACCACUCCUCUCCUCGCCCCUCUCUGUCUCACUCCCAUCCCCGUCUGUCAAUCUAUCAGUCCCACAAUCCUCUGCCACAGGAGGGAGAGCGCCUGUCUUUCACCCUGGAUGACACAUUCAGAGAGCUGGACGAGUUCCAGGAAGACCCACCUCUCUUCUUAGAGGAGAACAGCUGGGAGGGGGAGGACUCCGAGCACAGUGACCCAACACUGACCCUGCUCAACCACGAACACUUUCAGGAGGACUUCCUGCCCCUGUACGACCUGCAGUACUCCUUCCUGUGGGUGACCUUCAGUGGUAAGACUGAGGACGAGCUAUCAGGACACCUAGAGAGCGUCAGGGAGAGCGCCAAGAGGAUGGGCAUGCACUGGGCACAUCGACGGGCGUGCUUCCUCCUGGGAAGACUCUGUGCUAGGAAGUUAAAGUUCUCCCAGGCUCGUGUGUACUAUGAGGAGGCUCUCAGUGUUCGAGUGGACAGUUUCUCUGACACGCCGCUCCUCGUCGCUCUCUUCACUAACCUCACCGCCGUCUACCUGAAGCAGCGCAUGACAGACAAACUGCCCCAGACUCUGGAGAAGGCCAGUGCCUUGCUCCUCUGUCUCCCCUGCCACACCUUCACCUCCAUGGACGAGGUUGAACUGCUGAAGCUGCUCCUGAGGAGAUCAGUGGUGAUGGGGGAUAAACAGCUGGAGGCUCGCGUCUGCUACCUCAUCUCCAGCCUCUUCCUGCGUCUCAGGAAGACCGAUGAUGCCCUUCCCUUUGUUGAACGACUCCAGUUCCUCUCAGUGACUCUCUCUGCCGCCGAGGGCGGCCCCAUAGUUCCUGUGGACCUCAACUGGCUCUUGAGCUGGCUCUAUCAUUGUAAAUACAUGCCUUACUUGGUACUGGCCUCUCUGAGCCUGGACUCGAGACGAGACCACUCCCUUCACGAUGCUUUCCAGAGGAUUGAAUUGUUUAUCAAGAACUCUGUUCGCCUGAACCCGUGCUGGAAGGAAGGAACCUCCCUUCUCCCUGCCCAGAUUGUGGUUUACCUCCAGCAGGCCCUGGCUAUAGCUGAGCAAGGGGAGGACAUGAAGACCCAGAGGGAUCUGUGUCAGGGCUUGGCCUCAGUCUAUCAGCAGUACGAUGCUCUAGAUAAGGCAGUGCGCUGUGCUCAACAAGCUGUGGAGACAGGAGGCCACAUCAAUGAGGAGGAGGGCUUUGAGGCCUCUGUGCUGCUCGGGUGGCUGCUGGUGUUGACAGGCCAGGCUGAGAGGGCCCAGAGUGUCCUGCAGCCGCUGCUCACAUCACUCCAGGGCACAGACAGUCCCACACAGCGAGGGGUGAUUCACAACCUCUUGGCUUUGUGUCUGAGGCGGCAGGGUCGGGUCCCAGAGGCGGGCUGGCAUCUCCACUCUGCCUUAGUAAUCUCCAGGGAAAGUGGAAACCAGAGGAACCAGGCCCUGGCACUGGCCAACCUGGGCUGCCUGGCACUGGAUGCGGGCGCAUCUUGGGUAGCAGAACGCUUCCUGGUCAGAUCCCUGCAUCUUUUUCUGGAGCUCUGGGAAAGCCCCACGGACGAGGAGCACGUUCAGACCUACCUCUGGCUGGGACGUAGCUACAAAGACAGGGGGAAGACUCACGACGUCAGGGCCUGUUAUGAAAUGGGGCUCCUUAUUGCACUACAUGCCAGAAACUUACACAGUCAGAUGGUGGUGGCCAAGGUCCUGAGUCGGCUGUAUGCUGACAUGCUGCUGUACGGCCAGAGUAUCGUCUACAAUGAGCACUGUGUUUCAGUAUCCAGAGAGCUAAAGGACAAGAGGCUAGAGGGAGAGUAUCUGGAAAUCCUCAGCAGCCUCUACCUGUCGCUCAACACUGAAAGAUCAUCUCGCAAAUCCCUGGACUACACCAAGCAGAGCCUGAGGAUUUCUAUUGAUCUGGGCAAGAGGGAGGAAGAGUCAGAGACGUGGCUUCAGGUGGGACGCAUCUAUUACCUGAUCCAGGAGGACGAGCUGGCUGAUAUGUACCUGCAGGCAGCCGUGAAGACAGCCCUCAGGAUGAAUGACCCUCACUUUGCCAUGAGCAUCUACGAGGAAGCCGGAGACGUCUACUUCAAAGGCCACAGGAACCAGAUGGCUUCACUGCCUUUCUACAGAGAUGGCAGUCUGCCGUUUGCCCGGAGCAUCAAGGAUAUCCAUUCAGAGUUCCGUUUGUUGAGUAAACUGACAGAGCUGUUAAUGAACCAGGGAGAGCAGGAGGAGGCUCUGCAGUACGCAACACUGGCUGUCCAGAUCGCCGGAAAAACAGGUGUGCAUGUGAAUGAGAGGACAGCCUACCACCGGCUGGCUACAGUCUACUACAGCCUGCAGCAGUAUGAGAUGGCAGAAAACUACUACCUCAAGUCCCUGUCGCUCUGUCCACCCGUCAUGCAGCACCCAAUGGAGGCUCGCUACUACACCAAGAUCUACUGCAGACUAGGAAAUCUCACGCUACACAAACUGAAGGACGCCUUUGAUGCCCUGGGCUACUUCCAGUUGGCUCUGGCAGCGGCCCUGGAGGACCAGGCUAACCCCGAGGCCCUGUAUGUGGUGUACAUGAAGCUGGCCGAGAUCCACGGCAACCACAUGCCCGAUGCUCAGCUGUGCCAAGUUUACAGAGACAGAGCCCGGAGUCUGAAGGGGGUUCUGGCUGGAGAGGGAGGCGUUGCUGUUGGAGAGGAAAGCGUGGACGAUGCGGUGACAGAGCCCGGCCGCAAGGGAGAAAAGGACUCAGGUGCUGGUGUGAAAUGUGCAGAAAGUUUUUUCACUUCUUCGCCUGAAAAUGAAAAAUGUGAAGAACACUCAUUUCCAAGAACUUGCAUAAUGCAUGGAGACGCAGAGGAUGCAUGCACAGACACUAAUAAGGGAGAUACUAAUAGGAAAGAAGAUCACAGCAUUAAUCUUCCUGAUACAGAAGGCACUUUUGUGGACGCCACUGGGUCUGAGACAGAGACCAUCGCCAGUCAGUCUUACAGUGACAGUAUUUUUACAGAGUCCUUUGAUACAGCGAAGGAGCAGAUCUCGGACUCCAGCAGCUCCACUGACACUUUACAGACUUACCACAAUCAGAGCGACGGGAAAGACUUUGACACGGCCCACGGCGUGCCCGCUCCUGUAGCUGUUAAUCACACAAGUGACAUAACAAGACACACUGACUCUCAAAACACAGAUUCUGAUAUUCAGGACGAGCAAAACACCCCCGCUAAAGAAAAAGAUGUCGAUCAGUCUGAUGCCGGCCAAGCAGAGAGACUGUGACAUCCGGCGACACACACACACGGACUUAGAUGACGUCUCCCAGCGGCACCUUAUGUUUUUCACUGACAUUUCCUUCGCCUGGUCACGUGUUUCUUGACCAGCAAACUGGCUCCGACGUUCCAGCCACAUGGCACUUAUUGUAGGAUAGAUGAUGUCAACACUGUUCGAGAGAUGUAGUGACUUAAAAGCAUGUGCCUUUUGUUUUGUAUGAUAUAUUCUGAGGGUAUUACAGUGCAUUGUGCUUGUAAUAUAUGUUUUUCUAAAUGUAUUUUAAAUAUCUCUGGAAGAUAUGAGUCGAGCAUAAAGAAAGUUAUUUUGUUUGCUGAGUGUUUAUUUGUGUUGUCCAUUCAAAUAUUGGAGAAAUGCGGUGGUCUUGGGCCUGGACAAGAGUAAUCACGACACACACUGAAUCAGAAAGAAUGAUAAGAGAGAAAACACAAUGAGAUUUCAGGUAUGCAAUUGCUUUUAGAGCAAAAAUUUUUCAUACUUUCAGUCCGUCUCUCAGUACCUUUGGACUGUCACACCUGUGGACAUCUGUGGCUGGCAGCUUUGAAAGCACUCAUUGAUAAAUAUUUUAAUUUAAAAAAAAAAGCACCAGUGAUUUCUUAAAACAGCUGUUCACUGUAUUUUUUAGCAAUGUAACUCAAACAGCAGGAAAUGGAGUGUGUGUUUGGGACUAUAUUCUUCGGUGGAUACAUUCAGACACUUUUGGUGAGCUUGCAGGGAGAUAUGGCAGCAAGAUGGCUUAUGUGGCUC